AUGACUCGAGUAAAACGCGGAACAGUUGCACGAAAACGCCGUAAUAAAAUUUUAGAUUUAAACCGUGGAUUCCGCGGAUCACAUUCCACAUUAUUCCGUACUGCGAAUCAGCGUAGUUUAAAAGCACUUUCAUCUUCUUACAGUGAUCGACGUAAAAAGAAACGUCAAUACCGUCGUUUAUGGAUUCGACGUAUUAAUGCUGGUGUACGAUCACAUGGAACAUCAUACAGUCGCUUUAUGCAUGAUGUAAAAGUAAAUCGUCAGAAUUUAAACCGUAAAGUGUUAUCACAGCUUGUUAUUUUAGAUCCAACAAGUUUUAAGACUCUUUGUGAUAAAGUAAAAGCUUCAUAA